AUGGCCAGCAUCGAUCCGCUCCUCCGCAUGCCCCAGGUCUGUUUGGCGGCCUCGAGAAAGGCCGGUAAGCUAUUAUCGCCAGAAGAUUCGACUUAUGACGAAAGGAGGCACUGUGAAGAGGCCUACCAUACGGCUCUCAUCCAUCACCUGGGGGGUGAACAUGUACUCCCGUAUUCCUUGAAAUACAUCAGUCCGCAUCCAGUACUGGUUCCCAAUAGAUUUAUCUCGUCGCUGAAGGAGUUCCAUGCUGCCCUUUCGAUUGCCUUGACCAAUAUUGUGCAACGCUGGUUUGCCGACGACACGGACUUGCCAUCGCGCAUGCCUCUCGAAAGGAAUGAAGAGGAUAUCUUAAGGUGGAUACACCAACUCACCGAAAGGAAUCUAUUUCCCGCGUACGACGGCCAUCAGGGGAACUGGCGGCCCGACUUCCUCCUUCCCAGAGACAAAGAGGGAUUCCAGAUCUGUGAAAUUAAUUCCCGGUUCCCAUCCAAUGGCAUUGACUUGACCGCAAUGAUCUAUAAGUCCCUGGAUGAUUCAAAGAUCAAGCCCCUUGAUCUUGACGUAGCAGCAGACCCCGAGCAUAUGUUAAAUUGUCUGACUGCGCUGUUUCACUCAACGCAAGCGCGAUCUCUUCACUUCGUUCAGAAUGAGGAAAAUCACCCGAUGGUCGAAAACCUCAUGAGGUUUUUGGCCGAUCUGAACCCACGGGUUUUGACAUCCGACGACCUCCAUCUGAUAUCUGAUGAAAGCUCGCCGACUGGGUAUAAGCUCCAGUCUGCUGAUAUGGAGGACAUUCAGCAGGUGGCACUCCGGCUGUUUACUCGGGAAUUGGCAUCUCUUUCUCCUGAAAUGCAGCGACAGCUGGCGUUUCACAGCUGCAACGAUAUUCGGUCUAUAUUGUUGAUUCACGAUAAACGGAUCCUUGGGAUUCUGCACCAGGAAUUGGAUGACCUGGUCACUAAACAUCGUGUCUUGACACAAAGACAAGCCGACCUAUUGAGGGAACACAUUAUUUUUACUAUUCUUCCCGGGUCAAAAGAGCUACAGGAGCUCAGUGACUCAUAUUAUCAGGGCAAGGUGUCCAAAAAUGAUUUCAUUCUUAAGCCCAUCCGGUCGGGCCGCGGACAAGGAAUCGCUUUUGGUGAAGACUUAAGCAUUUCCGAGUGGGAGGCUAUCCUUGCCGAUAUGAAGAAUCCAGAAAUAACAAUCCCUAACCGGACAGUGUACAUCAUUCAACCUGUCGUAGAGCAGGCUGAAGGUGACAUGUUCCUAGAUGAAGAGACCGGGGUCCAGCGAGUGCAGCGGGUCGGUACAUAUCACAGCAUGCAUGGCGAAUUUGCGGCAUUAGGGGCGUGGAGAGUCGGUAUCUCAGCCAACCGAACGACCAAUAUGGCUUUGGGAGAUGCCUGGAAGUUGGGCAGCAUGUUGAUGAAGAUGAACUAG